AUGUCUCGGGAGCACACUGGCGCGGGCAAGCUCGCAGCAGCAGCAGCAGCAACAGCAGCACAAAGACCUAGCAGCUACUGCCAUGAACACUCAAACAAACUUGAGCGCCUUCCCUUCACCGCUGCGGCUAAGACCUGGCAGUUGCAGGCGUGGGCGCCCCGUGCAGCACACACUUCAAGCCCAGCAAGUGUGCAGCAGACAGGGGCAUCGAGGCGCCUUGUGGGAUCGGGAGAAGCAGCAGCAGCAGCAGAAGCAGCAGUAGCCGUAGCAGCAACGCCGCUGCAGCACGCAGCAGCACCCCAACUUGCAGGUGGGGGCGCUGCAGAAGCAGCCACGCCAGUAGUGGGCGCAGCAAAAGAAGUACUGCAACGCAGUAGCAGCAGCAGUAUGAUCUGCCGAGACCCAGCACUGCAGCAACAGCAGCAGCAGUUGCCGCUGCAGCCGCUGCCUCAGGCUGAGCAGGAGCAGCGCCUGCAGCCACCGCUGCAGCGGCAGCUGCCUGAGCAACUGCAGCAGGAGCGGGUAACAGAGCAGCAACACCAGCAGCCGCUGCUGCUGCUACAAGGGAAGCAGCCGCAGCAGGAGUCACAGGGCGCCUACUCCCCAGACCAGCUGCAGCAGCUGCAGCAUCUGCAGCGACAAGUGCUGUUCCGCCACUUGCAGCAGCAACAGCAGCAACAGCAGCAGCAGCAGCCCCAAGGCAGUUGCCUCCCCAACGACGAGCAGCAUCACCUUCAGGUCCAGCUGCAGCAGAGCGCAGCUGAGGCCUUUGCUGCUGCAGCAGCUGCUGCACAGGCUGCUUCCGGGGCGUUUGCUGCAGCAGUGUCUGCAGCGGCGGCUGCUGCAGAAGCUCUGACUAUUGCUGCUUCCGCAGCAGCUGCAGCAAACGAUCCCAGCAGCAUAUGA